AAUGGGAUCAAAGGGGAAGGGGACCCAGGGGCUCAGUGUCUGGCAGAUAGAAGCCUUUACACAGAAACAUAGACACACACACACAUAACACACGCAAACUAACAUACAGGGCAGAACUGAGAGCAAGCCCUUCCCCCUCCGGUGGGAGCUUGCUGUGCGCCAUUCAAUUAGCUCAUCGGCUACGUAACCAGAGCCCCGCAGUCCCGUGGAGGGUCUUCUGGGCGACCCCCGGGGCAGAAUGCCCCGAGUGCGGACUGUUCCCCCGGCGGCCAGGCGGGGUCAGUGUCCCGGCGGGGCGGAAGCCCGGAGGCCGACUCCGCCUCCCUCAAACUUUCACUUUCUGCUUCAGUUGUGGGUGUCGGAGCCACGGCCUGGGAUCGGCCCUGCUAAACCCUUCCCACUCCAGAUCUCAUCGCAAUGCUUUAAGUUGUAUUUUUUUUCCCCUGUCUGUCGUUAGUUUGGAGCGAGGCAGAAGAAUCGAAAUUCUUUAAAUAGAAUUGCACGUAGACAAUUUCAAUCAGUUGCGCUCAAAACGUGUUCUGCGUUAUUGGAAUUAAAUCUUAUUCUCUCUCCCAAGAAGGAUCACUGAGUGAUUUUUCACCUCCCUCGUCUUCCACUCCGGUUAGGGUCCCCGCAGGAUGUCAGACAGCCCCAAACCUCGCUUGGUGUCGGUGUCCCAUCGCAAACUGCCUCUCAUCCCGUUCGGGUGCCUCUGGAUCCCGUGCAGCAACCGGUUCGUGUGCCUGGGGACGGGCUGCAGCUCCGGGACACCGGGCAACGGGGUAAUCGGAGUGUACGGGACAGCGAGCGGGGAGAUCCGACACGUGCACACGAUUGAAAAGCCGAGAGCUUUCCGAUGUGGCACUUUCGGAGCCUCCAGCCUGCAGCAGAGACACCUGGCUACAGGGGACUUCGACGGCAAUCUGCACAUCUGGAACCUGGAGGCACCAGAGGCCCCUCUCUACACGGCUAAAGCACAUCGAGAAAUUAUCAACUGUAUUGAUGGUGUAGGGGGGUUGGGAAUUGGACAGGGAGCCCCGGAAAUUGUCACCGGAAGCAGGGAUGGGUCGGUCAGGGUGUGGGACCCUCGGCAGAAAGACCUUCCUGUGGCCAACAUGGAGCCAGCAGAGGGGUUCAACAGGAGAGACUGCUGGACGGUCACUUUCGGUCAUGCGUGUAGUCAGUGGGACCGCUGUGUGUGUGCCGGCUACGACAACGGGGACAUCAAACUGUUUGACCUGCGGAACAUGGAGGUUCGAUGGGAGACAAACAUCAAGAGUGGGGCAUGUUGCAUGGAGUUUGACAAGAAAGACAGCACUUUAAGUAAGCUGGUCGUGACGACCCUGGAGGGAAGGGUUCACAUCUUCAACAUGCAGGAGUUCAAUGCCAACAAGGGCUUUUCCUGUCGGAGUGAGAAGCCGUACAGAUCCACAGCUUGGACGGUGAGGCACCUCCCUCAGAAUCGAUCCAUCUUCGUAACAAGUGGAGGAGCUGGCAGUCUGCAUCUCUGGAAGCACAAUUCUACAAAACUGCGUGAAAGGACCGACCAUGAGCGAGAUGACAAGGACUCGACAAGUCCCACCCUCCUGAACAGCAUCUCCCUCUCCUCACAGCCUGUCGGAAGCCUGGAUUGGAACAGCGAUAAGCAAGGCCUGUGUAUCUGUGCAUCCUUUGACCACAAAGUCCACAUCAUCUUCAUUGCAGACCAGCAGACCUUCUAGAUGGAACAGUGGGCAGCAUAGCAGUUGGAGGCAGCAGUUAGAAAAAUCUUUACUACUUGAAGCUUAGCGGUCGAUUGACUCAUCAAGGGCUUUCUCUUUGUUUGUGAAAGGCUCUCAGAUGUGAGGUGUCAGUACUGUAUUUUGUUAACAGGAAUUUAUUGUAAAGGAGUUGAGAUAAACGGUAUUUUUCAAUGGCUUCUGAGCUCGUGUCACGAUGGCUGCUCUGUUAAAUAAACAAACUGUGAACACUUGAACAGGUUCCUUAAGGUUGUUAUAGGCGGGGGUGGUAAUGGGGAUCAGCUCCCACUUCCUAUUAAAUGUUCCCAAUGGUGUACGCCUCAAAUAGCCUCUGACAAUCAAGUCCGGCUCCUGGCCUUCACAUGUGGCUUGGCUACUAAUCCCAGCGGAACUGUCUCGACUGACAGGAGAAGGGGAAAGUAGAGGUUACUGGGUCCUUAAAACCGGUCGCUUUGGACAGAUGAGUUCGUCAGCUCAUCUCGGAGCAGGAAAACUCUGAUCUCAAACCUUGUGGCUAUGCCCACUCAUGGGGAAGGCUUCGGGAGUAAACCCCGGGGGAAAAAUCCAGGACUGACUGGCAGCCUCGGCGACUUCUCUUCCGGUCCUUUGGGUUCGUUAGAUGUGUGGAGAGGGGAGCUUGCUACAUGGGCAGCUUGCUCUCCAUGUUGUACUGCCCGGGGUUGUGUAUCUGGACAGCUAGGACACAA